AUGGAUAGUCGUCGACGGUCAGGCGCAAGCACUCCCGUGGAGAGUGAGUCCCCAAGCUCGGUGGACACUCCCGCGACAGAGUCUUCCGUUUUCCUCGACAAUUUUGAUGAGCUGUUAGGGAGAUUCCCUCAAGAAAAUCCAUAUAUUCUUGUCACCGGUGGCUUGGGAUUCAUCGGCAGUCACACCACAUUGGAGCUUCUCAAAGCUGGUUAUCAUGUGAUUGUUAUCGACAAUCUCAGCAACUCUUUUGAAGUCGUGCUUGACCGCAUCAAUCUUUUGGCUCAGAAGUUCCACGACACCAAUGGAUCACCAAUGCCAUCACUGCGGCUGCAUGCUCACGAUUACCGUGACACAUCGGCUCUUCAAGAUUUGUUAUGUGACUAUCGGCUUCCAUCGAGGUGGGGCACCCCGAAGUCGAAGAUUGCCGGUGUCAUUCACUUUGCAGCAUACAAGGCUGUGGAAGAAAGCAUUAAACACCCAUUGAAGUACUAUGCAAACAACGUGAGCGGUCUGAUCGACUUUGCCACAACUCUUGGCGACUUUGGCAUCAAGACGUUCAUCUUCUCAUCGUCAGCCACAGUAUAUGGCACGCUCGCCACUUCGGGCCUGCCUUUGAAAGAAGAACUCUGUGUACACAGAGAGGAAGUCGUUACGGACGAUGCAGGCGCAGAACAAACACUCCAGCCAGGAUGCACUGGCAUCACCAACCCAUACGGGCGCACUAAAUGGAUCUGCGAGACCAUUCUUGCCGACCUUGCUGCAUCGGAUUCAGAGUGGACUAUUGUCGCACUCCGGUAUUUUAACCCCGUGGGUUGCGAUUCAUCCGGACUGCUCGGCGAAGACCCACGACAGGCACCAACCAACCUCCUGCCGGUCGUCGUCAAGGUGAUGACAGGCCAAUAUGCCGAGCUCCAAAUGUUCGGAACCAAUUGGGACACAACUGAUGGUACCGCCGUCCGUGAUUUCAUCCACGUCACUGACCUCGCUCGUGGACACAUUGCUGCACUCGGCACUGCAAAUGAAGGGAAGUUGACUGAGAACUUCCGGACAUUCAACCUUGGUACUGGAUCCGGUAACUCUGUCCUGGAUGUUGUCACCACCAUGGAGUCUGUCAUCUGCAAGCCAAUUCCUCGGAAGGCCGCAGAUCGCCGUGCUGGCGACGUGGGUUCUUGCGUCGCUGUCGUUGAUCGGUCCCAACAAGAGCUGAAAUGGAAGACUCAAAAGACUUUGAAGGAUGCAUGCGAAGACAUAUGUAAUUUCUUGGAUGUCAGUGGACUGUCGUCACCCGCAUAG